CCCAAUAAUUGCACAUGAAACCACUACGAAUCAUUUUUAAUCUAUUUACGCGUUAUUGAGCGAUUUUUUUUUUUGCAUUUUGUAAUAGAUCUGUAUAAAACUAAACCUGGUCUGGUCUUGUUGUUGCACUUUAUGGAGAGAAAAAGUAAAGAGGAUAUAGACUGGGGAGAGCGAUUAUACAGAGAGGAUUCGCUUACUGUUGUAAACAAAACGGUGAGCACUGUUUUAGUGAAGAACGCGCAUGAAGGACUGGCUCUGCCUUUGACAGACUUGGAGCGAUGUUCUGUUAUAUCAGGGCAGUGUGUGUAUUAUCAUUAUGGCUGUGAUGGACAGGACGACCGAGGCUGGGGUUGUGGCUACCGGACUGUUCAGACUUUAGGCUCUUGGAUCAAUAAUGUCUCUCAUGACGGAAAAUCCAGACCUCCGCCAAGUCUCCCUGAAAUCCAGCAGGCUCUGGUUACCAUAGGAGACAAACCGGCCUCGUUUUUAGGAUCUAAAGAGUGGAUCGGGACUUACGAGGCCGCUCUGGUUCUUGACCAGCUGUAUGAUGUCCCCUGCCGGCUGGUGCACGCGCGCAGUGGAGGAACAGAGCUCGAGCAGGCGGCUCAGGACCUGCACCAACACUUCCUCACCAGAGGAUCACCAGUGAUGAUGGGCGGAGACAGGGACAACUCAUCCAAAGGCAUUCUAGGUGUUUGCACCGGGAAAGAAGGCAGUUACCUGCUAAUAAUGGAUCCGCACUAUUACGGUCCUGUGCCAGACAGAGAGUCUCUGCAGAAGAAAGGCUGGGUGGCGUGGAGAAGAGUCCACUCUCUCGAUCAAAGCUCCUUCUACAAUCUUUGUCUGCCACAAACAUAACCACAGUGCUAACUUCAUUCAUUAG